UCGUCAAAUCCUUUUAGUUCUCGUCUUCUCUCGCUUCCUCUCUUUUAGAUCGAUCUCUCCGUGCGUGUUGUCCGGAUUCUCCUGUUCAGAAGAUGGACGCCUUGGAUUCCGUAUUCGAUCCGCUUAGAGAGUUCGCGAAGGACAGCGUUCGCCUCGUCAAGCGAUGCCACAAGCCCGAUCGCAAAGAAUUCACCAAAGUUGCUGUCCGUACAGCGAUUGGUUUCGUCGUGAUGGGAUUCGUGGGCUUUUUCGUCAAGUUGAUUUUCAUCCCCAUCAACAACAUCAUAGUUGGAUCUGGUUGAGGUUGGAUUUAGGUGGUGGUUAGGCACAAGCACGGCGGCAAUGAUUUAAACUAAUGCAGGAUCUUCUUCCAAAUAUGUCAUUACCUAUGAACAACUAAUUUCAAUGAUCGUUUUAAACGUAGUUUGUUUUAGCCUGCACGCCCUUAUUUUUAAACUUUUGUUCUCUGAGCUGAUUCUAUUGAUACUCACGCCGGUAUGACCUUUUAAACAGAAUUCGUCUCUUUUGUUGAGCUGAUCUAAA